UCAAACAUUUGUAAGAUUGAAAGCUAAGUGUGAAAUCAUGGCUUCUGGAGCAAGAACACCAAGAUCAAGAACAACAAGAACACAAGCUUCCAUUCGUCCUUUCUAUGAAACCUUUGAGCCCAAGUCUGAGAUGAAGGAAAAUAAAAAUGCAUAUCUUCUUCAUAUUUAUCUUCCUGGUUUUGUAAAGGAGAAGAUAAAGAUAAACUUUAUGAGAUCUUCUCGAGUGGUGAAGGUGACAGGAGAACGAUCAUUGGGAGGCAACAGAAUAAGCAAUUUCGAGAAAACAUAUUCUGUUCCUGAAGAUUGCGAAGUGGAGAAACUUCAAGGUAAGUAUGAACUCGGAACUCUCACUGUUACAAUGCCAAAGAAACCCAUUAACAAUAAUGCUUCACAAGUUUCACCCAAAUCAUCACAACAAGAAACACCUCCAACUCCAUUACUCAGUAGUUCCUCAGAAAAACCAGUGCUUGAUCAACCAAACCCUAAAGAAGUAGCCAUGCCUCCAAAAUCUCCAAUGGAACAAGGAGAAAAAUCUAUGAGAGAUAGGUCACCAAGGCCAAAAACUGUUCAAGAGGAAGCCAUGGUGAAACCCUCACCACUUUUUGCUUCAACCCCAGUGAAGGAAACAGGUAAAUCUCAAAAGGGUCAAGAGGAAACUGAGCCAAAACUCACAUCAGUGGGUGAUGAUGACAGAAGAAUAAUAGAACACGAGAAGGAGGAGGAAAAAAAGCAAAAUGACAUUGCAACGUAUAUAGAAAAAGUGAAGAAGAGAAUGCAUGAAAAGGAAGAUAAAGUUGGUUUGAAUAGUCUUGAAGAGAAAAUGAAGUUAGGUCAAAGAUACAUUAACCACGAUGAGGUUUGGAAAGGAGCAGAAAUAAUGAAGACUAGGGCAAAAGAAAGUGCAGAGAAGGGAAAAGAAAGCAUUGAGAAAGGAAAGAGAAAAGAAGAUGAUGAGAUGAAGACAUUAGAGAAAGGAAUAAUAAGAGAAGUGGUUGCUUCUGCUAAAGAGGUAGUAACUAAAAUUGGAGAAGGAAAGUUGAAUGAAGAAGAAAAGCCUUUGGUUGCAAACAUGGGUGCUGCAAUUCUUGUGAUUAUGGCUUUGGGAGCUUAUGUGACUUACAAGUUCACAUCUUCUACCAAAGCAUGAAAUUAAUGAAACUGCUUCUGCUCAUCUUGGAAAGUGUAAUAGAAGUGAUGAUAAUGGUGAAUGUAUGAGAAUGAUAUAUAUGAGAUUUGAGACCUUUUUAGUUUA